AUGGCUGGCCGACAGCGCACCUUCGAUCUGGUCCCUACAACCCUGAGGAGGACCAGCUUGAAGCCCCCUAUGACAAGCAAAGCUGCAAAGAAAGCAUACCUACAAGCCCAGAACGGACCACGGAUUUCGCGCGCCGAACAACGACGGAGGGACGCCGAAGAACUAGAGAGGCAGAGGAAGGAAUAUGAGAAGGAGAGAGCUGCAGCGCGGGCAAAGGCUGCCCGAGAGAAGAAAACUGCCAAAGCCAAUGCCGAACGAGAAUCCCGCAAGAAGAUGGGGUUGCCGGAACCUAGCAAAUUUGUGAGGGCGAGUCAACCGACAAUAUCGAUGUUUGUGAAGACAGGGAAUAAGAGAACCUGGCAAGAAAUGGGAAGCGUCGCAGAGGAUUCAGAUGAGACCGUAUGCGAGGAAGGUACCAAACGAAAUGAUGAAGCUCAACCGUCCGCGAAACAGAGAGCUGUGGACUGUGAUUCUGAGGAUGAAUUCGGAGACUUCCCGUCUUUGUCUCAGUCAGACCUAUUUGAAAAGAUCAACAGUUCUAUGCUAUCGGCUGGGAAAAAUACAAGAGUUCCAACGCCUCCAAAUCAGGCGGAUCAGCUGUCGAACCAACAUGGAAACAGGAAUACCUCAAGGAUGACUCCUACCAAGGCACCGACUGCUUCGGAUAAGACGAAUAACCAAACAGUGCCUUCGUCAGGACAAUAUCUUGAAAAAACAUCAUCCCAGAAAUGCCGUCCACAGUAUUCUUCCCGGCAGUGCUCGCAGGAGUUGCCAAAGCAGAGUUGGAGCCAAGGGGACGACGAGUUUCUGUUGAACGAUUUGCAGUUCAUGGCUGAUAUGGCAUCUACUCAACUUUUAUCGGAAGUAGCAGAGGCGACUACCAGAUCGGACGAAUUGCCUCCCGUUCUAAGCCCUCAGCAAAUCAGCAUUCCGAUGGUUGCUGAGUCGAAGUUGUCAUCGUUUCCAACGGGUGGCAGACAGUCGGUAAACAGUCCAAUAUGCCAAAUAUCUCCUAAAGUACCAACGACCGGGUGUCUACAUGAGGGGCGUCUAGUUAGUGCACCCCCUCCGACUCGCUGUCUUGAAAAUACAUCGGCCAACUGCCAGGAGGGCCGAAUUCAUAAAUUAUUAUUACCACCCCGAUCAGUGCUACAAGGCCACUCAGCAAGUUUGCCGCCUCCGCUUACCACAAGGACCGAUAGGACGGUAACCACUCAAAAGAGCGGACUUCCUAAAUUCCCAUCACGUCGGCCAGUAUUACAAGAACGUUCAAUAAAUGUGCCGCCUCCACGAGCAACAAAAGCUAUAUAUAUUGCUCAUUCUCCCAACAUGCCUCGAGCCAUUCCUCGAAACCGAGGCUCCUGUCAAAACAGCACUGAGAUGAAUUCAAUUACACCACCUCAAGUACCACCAUCAGGAACCCAAGCAUUCCUGCAAAAUAAUUUUGAUGAUUUCUAUCCCAGCCCAAGUCAGCAAAUCCGCGAACUAAUGGAGGACAUCGAUGACUUACCGUCAAACACCCAAAUCGCCAAGGAAUUAACUCCGUGUAAACCAGCCCUCACCGAUCCAUUCAUGGAUCUCUUCUCUACCCAGGAUUUUGCCCUCUCGCCCGAAGACCUCACCGAGAUAACUACACCAGGACAUGCUUCCUGUCAUCGAGGGAAACAAGAAGCGCCGCCACCACCGCACGGAAAACCACGGUUCUUUGAAGAAAAAGAUGAUGAUUUAUUACAUGCUGCUCUGCAUGAGAGCAAGGCUCUUGCUGCUGCGGCGGCAGAGAAAAUACAUAAAUUUCAACCUCCAGUAAAGGAGCCUGCAGGCGGUGCUGGAAGGGCUAGGCGUACUUUGAGACGAGUUCAGUCUGCUGCGUCAGAUUAUGGGGAUGAUGAAUUUAGAGGCUGUUCGCAGGAACUGCUUGCAUUGUGUUAA